UGAACUCAAAGCUGAUUUAUUAAUAAAUCAAACGAAAAAUACGCACAAUCAAAUUGAAGCGAUGAAAAAGUAUUCUGAAGAUGUUGAAAAAUUGAAUGAAGCAGCUUCUCAAAGGCCAUAUUCGGUUUUAGUUGCCGGUUUACAAAGAGAAAGUCAACAUUUAAGAGAAUUACAAGCUGAAAAUUGUGAAUUAAGAAAUGCAUUAGCAGAUCAUCAAAAUGCAAUAGAAUUGAUCAUGUCUAAAUACAGACAACAAAUUUCACAAUUGUUACCAAAAGAAAAAACUAAUUUUUAUACCAUCCCUAAUUUAUGGCAAUCUGCUAAAGUUGACGAAGAAAAUUCCGUUAAAGAUCAAGAACUCAUAUCGAGACUAAUGACGGAAAAUAAAGGUUUGAGAGAUUUAUUAUACAUUCAUAGAACAUAUGGUCCUUUUAUCGAAAUGAUGGAAAAUGAUGGGAAAAAUAAUGAUAAGAACGAUGAAAGCAAAUCGUAA